ACAAUUUUUCAUUCCUUCUUUCUUUCUUUCUUUUUUUUUUUUUUUUUUUUUCUAGAAAACUCUCUCUCGUCUUAUCUGUAAACCAAAAACAACAAAACCGGCCGCUCGGAAAUCAACCCAUAUCGAAUCAGCCUCAGACGAGUGUGUUUUGACAGUGCGAUGGAAGCAAAAGAGGGAUUGAACAGCUUGAAAGUUGGUUCACUGCCCACCUUAAUAUACAUUCCUGACUUCAUAUCCGAGAGCGAACAAACCAUGCUCCUAAAUAAUGUUUAUGGAGCCCCUGUAUCAAAGUGGAAAUCUUUGAAGAAUAGGAGACUACAGAAUUGGGGCGGUGUUGUCCAUGAAAAGGGUCUUCUGCCACAAGAAUUGCCCCUGUGGCUAACAAAGAUUACAGAAAAGAUAUAUGAAGAAUCAGGGCUAUUCCCCUCAGCAAUUAAUCAUGUUCUUAUCAAUGAAUACCUUCCUAACCAAGGCAUAAUGCCACACCAGGAUGGGCCUGCUUAUUUUCCAGUCGUAGCAAUUCUGUCACUUGGAUCACCUGCUGUUAUGGACUUUACUCCCCAUUCAAGAUUGAGAUCUUGCACAAACAAUGUCGAGGAUACUAAUUCUGAUGGUAGAACUUCUGACAUUGGAAAAGAGAAAUUCUUAGGUGAUGACCACUCUUGUUCGAUUGUAUUGAUGCCUCGCAGUUUAUUGAUAUUCAAGGAUGAGGCAUACUCAGAUUACCUGCAUGGAAUAAAAGAUAGUGAAGUGCAAGAAUACGACAGGGCUGUAAAUGAGGUUGAAGCCCUGAAACAUUCUGUACAAGAUCAGCAACAAUUUGGUUCGGACGUAGGUAGUGAAGAAAUGAGAACUCAAGAAUUUAAGACCAUCCAUAGAAAUACUAACAGAAUUUCAUUGACAUGUCGAUUAGUAUUGAAGGUACACAAAAAGUUGUUUAAGUUUUAGAAUUUUCUUAAAUAGACAUAGUUUGUGCCAUCUAAUCAAAAGUGAAAGUGCAGCUCAAAGGUUUUCCUUCUGUAAGAGCUUCUUUGAGGAGUAAUUAGGGAGGAAAUUUUAUUUUAUUAUUAUUAUUUUUUUUAUUGUUAGUAACAAUGCUAGUGUUUGUGAAAAUCAUUUUUACUCUC